CUCAGGGUUUGGCCCUCGAGAGUAAACGCCACUGGCUGCGCCUCUCCAUUCGACGCGCUGACUGGGUGAAGUUCGCUGUGACACCAUGGACGAAGCAGAUGUGGAGGGCAGCUUGCCCAGUGACAGCCCGGCUUCCCCUCGGACGAUUGACGUCAUGGUGGAGGGGGAGAAAGUGGAGGAAUCACCUGAACAGGACGAGGAGGAGCUUUUGGCAUGUGCCACCUGCUUCAGUGCCAUCGCCUGGCGCGAAGACAUCUUGCAGGAGAAGAUCGAGACUUGCAAAGAGGUGGUGUAUCCUUACGAGUUGACCGUCUGUGACCGUGAUAGCUGGUGCUACCUGGCCACGGAUCAGCAGAACCAACGAUUCGACUUGAUUCGUGCCAAGCCCGCGGCACCUGCCCCGAUGCCCACUACCUCGGUCCGUUUGGUCGCCAGCCCCUGUGACGAUUUCACCUGGUUUCCCGGCUAUGCCUGGCGUGCAGCGCACUGCGACAGCUGUGGUGGGAAGAUUGGAUGGGGCUUUUGUGCUCCCUUUGAGUGUGGUGCAGGUCCUCCCAGUGCAGAUCCUGACGACUUGAAGCCGAAGCUCUGGAACAUGGGGCCCAGCUUCUUGAGCCUCAUCCUCACGCGCCUGAGACCCUCCUCCCAAACCAAGGCUCAGGCUCGGAAUCGGCAAUACCGGGAGGCGCCAAGCCUGUCGUACCAUUUUCCUUCGCCCUCAGACUUGCAGACUUGGUGGACUCAACUGGAACGAAGUGAUGACACCAACACUGCUUCGAGGCCUACCCCAGUCUACAUGGAUUGGCUGGAGGAGGAGUCGGAUGCCGCCUUCCGACGCGCCCGUUCACCGACCCCGCCCAUGCGCGUGGGGAUGAGGAGUUCGGAUGCCAACCGCGAGGAUGCAGAUGCCAUGCAGGCUGAGCUUUUGCGCUUGCUUCGCGAACAGGCCCGAGUAAAUCGGAGCUUGCGGAUGCAUCAGUUUGGCAUACCAAGCAAUGUGCAGCACUUUAUCCGCAACGACCUCGCCGCGGACGAUGCAGACGACGCGGCCGGUCACACGGAGGCAGCCGAGGUGGAGGCGGCGCCCAGCGAUGAGGCCGAUGGUGUUUCGGGUCUGUCUGAACGACCUGAGGUUGGUCCAGAUUCUGGUUUGCUGAGGUGGCUGCGGCGGCUCUUGCAAAGCCGCCGCCUCGCGCGCAGCGAGCGCCACACCGAGCGCCACACCGAGCGCCACACAGAGCGCCACACAGAGCGCCAUGAUGUGGCGGCUGCUCUGGCGCGGCAGGCUCAGCAGCAACAGCAGCAACAGCAGCAUCAGCAAGUGCAAGUGCAGCAGGAAGCGGGGCCUCGAGGUCGAGAUCAACGGCGGGAAAGGCGCCCGGUGCUGAGCCGCACCAGGUUGGAGAACGAGACCCGCGAGGCCCGAGCUCGAGAGCUGCAAGUCGCGCAGGAGCAGGUUCAGACUCAUCAGCAGACUCUAAGCCAGUUGCGGCAGUUGUCAGCACGACAGCAGCAGCUCGCAGUCGAACAGAGGCAGCUCAUGGAGGACAUCAUUCGUUUACAGGGUUCCGCGAACAUGGUCCCGUCCCAGGGGCAGCUCUGAGACAGGCUGACGCAUGCAUCAAAGGGGGGGCGCAUGCAGACUAUACUUUGAUGUGUUUUACAAUUUUUGUGUUGGGGCCUUUCAACAGCUUUCACACUUGAGGAUGG